AUGUGGGUCAGGCCGGGUCGUAGUUGUGGGCGUGCCAUUCAUAUAAUAGUCUGCAAAUGGACCGUGAGUUGAAUACGUUUGCCACUUUCUCGUCAGUUUUGCCGUUAGGGUUACCCGUGAUAGUACACGUACGUCUGGAGGACAGCCAUGGCGCGGCAGCUGCUCAGCAAACCCGCCGUCUGCUCACUAGCCCUGUCCAACUCGCGAGCCCUGGCCUCCGUCGCGCCAGCUCAGACAGCAACAGUUCAUCAGAACAAGGACAAGUCGCUCAAGGACAUGCCCGGAACGACCAGCAAACUGGCGCAGCUGUGGUGGGGGUACAAGAACAGGUCUCGAAUGCACGAAGCUCAGAUGGAGCUGGAGAUGAAGUACGGCCAGAUGUGGCGCUCGUCCUUCGGGUUCAAUGAUAACGUGAACGUGGCGCACGUGUCGCUGGCGGAGCAGCUCCUGCGCCAGGAGGGGAAGUACCCCAAGCGGAUGGAGGUGAACAACGGCAUGCAGCUAUACCGGGACUUGAGGGGGUACUCCUACGGGCUCAUCAACCAUACCGGACCGGAGUGGCGCCAUCUCAGGACGGCCGUCAGCAAGCGGAUCAUGCGGCCUAAAGAAGUCCCGAGAUACGGAGACAGCAUGAAUGAGGUUGUGACAGACAUGAUCGCCAGGUUUAAGUACCUGAGGGACAGCAGUGGCGAAGGGAAGACCGUGCCGGACCUCACCAACGAGCUGUACAAAUGGGCCAUGGAGUCCAUUGCCACAGUUCUGUUCGACACACGGCUUGGGUGCCUGGAGAGGGAAGUGCCAGAGAAGACCCAACAGUUUAUCGACUCCAUCGCCACCAUGUUCAAAACGGCGUUUCUUAUAUCAGCCCUCAAGCCGUGGAUGCUGACGUACUUCAAGCCCAGGGUUUGGCAGCGUCACGUGGAGGCGUGGGACACCAUCUUCGGUGUCGCUCACGAGAACAUUGACAGGAAAGUGCUGGACAUUAACGCCAGGCUGAGUCGUGGAGAGGAGCUGGACGGGUCGUUCCUGACCUACAUGCUGACCGGGACAGACGUGACGAAGAAGGACCUGUACGCCACUGUUACCGAGCUGCUGCUGGCAGGAGUGGACACGACGUCCAACACGAUGGUGUGGACCCUGUACGAGUUAGCUCGCCACCCGGAGCUGCAGGACAGACUGCACCGUGAGGUCACCGGCGUGGUGUCCGCCGGACAGACACCUACUGUUGAGGACGUCAAGAACAUGCCGCUACUCAAGAACGUCAUCAAGGAGAUACUGAGAGUGUAUCCAGUCUUGCCGGCGAAUGGACGCGUUCUGGACAAAGACAUCGUGCUUGGUGGCUAUAAUAUUCCUAAAGGGACGCAGUUUGCAAUACUUCACUACAACAUGACGCGUGAUCCCGAGGCGUUUGAGGACCCGGAGAGGUUCAACCCUGACCGCUGGACCCGUAUGGGCACGGAGAAGGUCAACACCUUCUCAUCGGUGCCGUUCGGCUUCGGACCCAGACAAUGCGCAGGCCGGCGACUUGCAGAGAUGGAGAUGUACUUGGUCCUUGCAAGGUUGGUGCAGACGUUUGAGGUGAGACAGCUGACUCCAGGGGAGACAGUCCGGCCCGUGACGCGCGCACUGCUGGUGCCAGGAGACCCGGUCCACCUGGAGUUCAUGGACCGGCCGUGAGAGGGCGCUAUUAAGGGGUUCACAGUUAGCCUCCAUAGCAGGCCUCAUGACUGGGCAACCAGGCUGUAUGCCAGCUGAUUGCUUGGUGGGUUUGAAGUCCAACCAAGAAGCCUGAUGUGGAGGCUAGUCACUUUGCAUCAAUCCUUCACUACCCUGCAUUUACAAUAUUUCACCUUUGUUCAUUAGACAGUUUUUUUUCUAAAUCAAGUUUCCUCCAUCUAGGAGGUAAUUUUGUAUUCAAUGUCAUUGGUUUAUGGGUGGGAUUAAUUUGAAUCUGGACUCUUCAACAAUAACUGUUUGUUCUAAAAAAUAUUUGACAUUAUACUUAUUUUCAUUGCAUAGUAAUUCUGUUGUGGUUCAUAGAACACAUCCUGCUUCUCAAAAUGCAACUUCAAUGCAACAAGUUAUUAUCUACAGUACCUGUAGCUGCGAUAUAUGUUACUACUCAGCAGUCAUGCAGAUUAUGUG